AUGAUUUGUCAGAAAUUCUAUGUGGUAUUGUUGCACUGGGAAUUUCUUUAUGUGAUAGCUGCACUUAACCUGGCAUAUCCAAUUUCUCCCUGGAGAUUUAAACUGUUUUGUGCACCACCAAAUACAACGGAUAACUCCCCUUUUUCACCUGCUGGAAUCCCAAAGAAUGCUUCUGCUUUGAGUGGGGGCUAUGAAGCAGUUUUUGAAGCUAACUUGAAUGCAAGCAGUGUCUACAUUUCUGAGUUAUCCAAAACCAUUUUCCACUGUUGCUUUGGGAAUGAUCGAGGUAAAAACUGCUCUGUGCUAGCUGGAAACACUGAAGGGAAGUCACUGGCUUCAAUGGCAAAGGCCUUAAUUUUUCACCAGCUAGGUGUAAACUGGGACAUAGAGUGCUGGAUGAAAGGGGACUUGACAUCAUUCAUCUGUCAUAUGGAACCAUUACUUAAGAGCCCCUUCAAGAAUUAUGACUCUAAGGUCCAUCUUUUUUAUGAUCUUGUUCUGCAUACUGCUGUUGUCCUCAUGGCCAUGAAAGCAGCAAGUACAGUGACUCCAAGUUUGAAAAUUACUAAGCAAGUGAAGCCUGAUCCACCAUUAGGCUUGCAUAUGGAAAUCACAGAUGAUGGUAAUUUAAAGAUUUCUUGGGAUAGUCCAACGGAGGCACUGUUUCCACUUCAAUAUCAAGUCAAAUAUUCAGAGAAUACUACAGUUAUAAGAGAGGCUGCUGAAGUUGUCUCAGCUCCAUCCCUGCUGCUACACAGUGUGCUGCCUGGGUCUUCAUAUGAGGUUCAGGUGAGAACCAAGAGACUGGACGGCUCAGGAGUCUGGAGUGACUGGAGUUUGCCUCGAGUCUUUACCACACAAGAUGUCAUAUACUUUCCACCCAAAAUUCUGACAAGUGUUGGCUCGAACGCUUCCUUCCAUUGCAUCUACAAAAAGGAAAACCAAAUAAUUUCCUCAAAACAGAUAGUUUGGUGGAUGAAUCUAGCUGAGAAAAUCCCUGAAAUCCAGUAUAGUGCUGUGAAUGACCAUGUUAGCAAAGUUAUGUUUUCCAACUUGAAAGCCACCAGAACUCGGGGGAAGUUUGCCUACGAUGCAGUGUACUGCUGCAGUGGGCAGGAGUGCCAUCAUCGCUACGCUGAGUUAUAUGUGAUUGAUGUCAAUAUCAAUAUAUCAUGUGAAACUGAUGGGUACUUAACUAAAAUGACUUGCAGAUGGUCACCCAGCACAAUCCAAUCACUUGUGGGAAGCACUGUGCAGUUGAGGUAUCACAGGAGCAGCUUGUAUUGUUCCGAUAGCCCAUCUAUUCACCCUGCAUCUGAGCCCAAAAGCUGCGUCUUGCAGAGGGAUGGCUUUUAUGAAUGUGUUUUCCAGCCAAUCUUUCUAUUAUCUGGCUACACAAUGUGGAUCAGGAUCAACCAUUCUUUAGGUUCACUUGAGUCUCCACCAACGUGUGUCCUUCCUGACUCUGUAGUAAAACCACUACCUCCAUCUAGUGUGAAAGCAGAGAUUACUACAAACACUGGAUUAUUGAAAAUAUCUUGGGAAAAGCCUGUCUUUCCAGAGAAUAACCUUCAUUUCCAGAUUCGAUAUGGCUUAAAUGGAAAAGAAAUACAGUGGAAGAUGCAUGAGGUAUUUGAUGCAAAAUCAAAGUCUGUCAGCCUGCCGGUGCUGGACCUCUGUGCAGUCUAUGUGGCACAGGUGCGCUGCAGGCGGUUGGAUGGACUUGGGUACUGGAGUAACUGGAGCAGACCAGCCUACACACUUGUCAUGGAUGUAAAAGUUCCUAUGAGAGGACCUGAAUUUUGGAGAAUAAUGAAUGGUGAUAUUACUAAAAAAGAGAAAAAUGUCACCUUGCUUUGGAAGCCCCUGAUGAAAAAUGACUCCCUGUGCAGCGUGAGGAGGUAUGUGGUGCAGCAUAGUACUGCCCACAAUGGGACGUGGUCAGAAGACGCGGGAGAUCAGACCAAUCUCACUUUCCUGUGGGCAGAACAAGCACAUACCGUUACGGUUCUGGCCAUCAAUUCCAUUGGUGCUUCCCUUGCAAAUUUUAAUCUAACAUUUUCAUGGCCAAUGAGUAAAGUGAGUGCCGUGCAGUCACUGAGUGCUUACCCCCUGAGCAGCAGCUGUGUGAUCCUUUCCUGGACUCUGUCACCUGGUGAUUACAAUCUAAUAUACCUGGUUAUUGAAUGGAAGAAUCUUAAUGAAGAUGAUGGAAUCAAGUGGCUUAAAAUCCCUUCGAAUGUUAAGAAGUAUUAUAUCCAUGAUAAUUUUAUUCCCAUUGAAAAAUAUCAAUUUAGUCUUUAUCCAGUAUUUUUGGAAGGAGUUGGAAAACCAAAGAUAAUUAAUGGUUUCACCCAAGAUGAUAUGGACAAGCAGCAGAAUGACGCAGGGCUGUACGUGAUUGUGCCCAUAAUUAUUUCCUCCUGUGUCCUACUGCUCGGAACACUGUUAAUCUCACACCAGAGAAUGAAAAAGUUGUUUUGGGAAGAUGUUCCAAACCCCAAGAAUUGUUCCUGGGCACAAGGACUUAAUUUCCAAAAGCCUGAAACAUUUGAGCAUCUUUUUACCAAGCAUGCAGAAUCAGUGAUAUUUGGUCCUCUUCUUCUGGAGCCUGAACCCAUUUCAGAAGAAAUCAGUGUCGAUACAGCUUGGAAAAAUAAAGAUGAGAUGGUACCAGCAGCUAUGGUCUCGCUUCUUUUGACCACUCCAGACCCUGAAAGGGGAUCUAUUUGUAUUAGUGACCAGUGUAACAGUGCUACCUUCUCUGGGGCUCCAAGCACCCAGGUAACCUGUGAGGAUGAGUGUCAGAGACAACCCUCAGUUAAAUAUGCAACUUUGGUCAGUCACUCAAAAACAGUCGAAAUUGAUGAAGAGCAAGGGCUUAUACAUGGUUCUGUCAGCAAGUGCAUCACCAGUGAACACUCCCCACUGGGAGAGUCUUUCCCUAGCAGCUCCUGGGAGAUAGAGGCCCAGGCGUUUUUCCUAUUAUCAGAUCAGCAAACCAACACGAUUUCACCACAACUUUCAUUCUCGGGGUUGGAUGAGCUUUUGGAGCUGGAAGGAAAUUUCCCUGAAGAAAAUCAUAAUGAAAAGUCUGUCUAUUAUUUAGGGGUUACCUCCAUCAAAAAAAGAGAGAAUGAUAUGUUUUUGACUGAUGAGUCAGGAGUAUUGUGCCCAUUCCCAGCCCACUGUCUGUUUAGUGAUAUUAGAAUCCUCCAGGACAGUUGCUCACACUUUGUAGAAAAUAAUUUGAAUUUAGGAACCUCUGCUAAGAAGACCUUUGUACCUUACAUGCCGCAAUUUCAAACCUGUUCCACUCACAGUCAUAAGAUAUUGGAGAAUAAGAUGUGUGACCUCACUGUGUAA